AUGGCAAUGAGCGUCAUUAAAAGUCCAAUCACACAUGUGCAGUUCCGGCUGGUGGAGGAGGUCAAGGCGUGGCAUCUGUGCCGCCAGUCCAUGACGGCUGGGGCAUUAUACGAAGUCAAGGAAGCAUGGGGCCCGUCCUGGAGCCCAGUCCGGAUGCACGUGGGAGCCGUCUACAAGGACCCGAAGACGGAAACGAAUGUUGAGAUGUGGUGGGUGCACGACUUUGCGUUGAAGAGGCUGUACAUUGCCAAGCUAUCCCUGAAGCGCGAGGAGGGAUUGGAGAUUCCGAUCAGGCUGUUGCUUCGAGCGGCUGUGCACGAGGCCAUGUGGUUCAAGUUGAGAGAGAUUGUUGCGUGGGACCCGAACCCCCGACUCCUGGCCCAGGCAGAGAGGCUGGUCAAGGACCUAGGCCAGGACAUGACGGCGACGCACGAGAAUCGAUCCGAGAUGGUGCCCUGCUUCCGAUGGCACGGAGGCGAGGACAAGGAUGUUGUAUGGAGGAAUGGCUAUACUCUCUCGUCGAGAUCCAGUGACAUGCGCAGCAAUUGA